AUGCAAAGAUUUAAGCACUAUGUAAUUAUGUAUUGUUGUGCAAAGUGACCUAUAGGCUUUAUAGUGUAAAUAUUUGCUUAUAUUGUUAGUGUAUAAAAGUUGAACUAUUAAAAAUUUUGAUUUCAUGAACUCAUCAACAGUGUAAUUUAUUUUUUGAUACUAUGCAUGCAAAGCAAUAUUCUAAUAACCUCUGCUUGUUUAUAGAUUAUUGGCUAAAAGGAUAAGGUGCACUAAGUUACCGUUAUGCGCAGAGUUCGGAGAAAGACCGGAUCACAAGGGUCUAUCGCCUGGAAACACAUUUGAAAGGAUAUUAGCAGGCCAUACUUACUGAAAUGGAAGCUGAUAUCAGUGAGAAGUUGUUGAGUGAAGUGCGCGUAGCGGAUGAAGAUGUGAAUCUCAAGGACAAAUUAUGGAAUGAGAUGAAGAAAAUGUGGGUGAUUGCUGCUCCAGCCAUGUUUACAAAGUUUUCAACGUUUGGAGUAACUGUUAUUAGUCACUCAUUUGUUGGUCAUAUUGGAUCUAAUGAACUUGCUGCUUAUGCUUUAGUCAGUACUGUCCUCCUGAGAUUUGGCAAUGGCAUUCUGUUGGGAAUGGCAAGUGGAUUAGAAACUUUAUGUGGACAGUCCUAUGGUGCAAAGCAGUAUCACAUGCUCGGGAUCUAUCUCCAACGAUCUUGGAUCGUCUUGACAGUAACCACAACCCUGCUGUUACCACUCUAUAUCUUCACAACACCGAUCCUAAAAGCUUUAGGACAGAACGAAGAGAUAGCUAAAGAGGCCGGAGUCAUUUCUUUAUGGUUAAUACCGGUGACUUAUUCCUUCAUUGCAUCAUACACAUGCCAAAUGUUCUUACAAGCUCAAAGCAAAAACAAGAUUAUUACAUACUUGGCAGCUUGUACUCUAGCUAUCCACAUUUCCCUCUCCUGGCUUUUGACAAUAAAGUUUAAGUUUGGAAUCACCGGUGCCAUGAUAUCUACAAUUUUGGCAUAUUGGCUUCCUAAUGUUGGUCAGUUAAUGUUUAUAAUGUGUGGAGGAUGCAAGGAGACCUGGAAAGGUUUUACAUGUUUGGCAUUCAAGGAUCUUUGGCCUGUAAUCAAGCUUUCUUUGUCUUCUGGUGCAAUGCUUUGCCUUGAAUUCUGGUACAAUAGUAUACUAGUUCUUCUUACAGGAAACUUGAAAAAUGCUAUGGUUCAGAUUGAUGCUCUUUCUAUAUGCCUUAACAUCAAUGGUUGGGAAAUGAUGAUAUCUCUUGGUUUCUUAGCUGCAGCAUGUGUACGAGUGUCAAAUGAGCUGGGAAGAGGGAGCGCGAAAGCAGCAAGCUUUUCAAUCUGGAAUACAGUGACAACAUCAUUUGUCAUUGGCUUCAUUCUGUUUCUGUUAUUUCUGUUCUUGUGCGGACGUCUGGCUUACUUAUUCACAGAUAGUCAAGACGUGGCUAAAGAAGUCGAAAAACUGUCUCCUCUGUUGGCGUUUUCCAUACUAAUGAACAGUGUUCAACCAGUUCUUUCUGGCGUCGCUGUUGGAGCCGGAUGGCAGAGCAUUGUAGCCUAUGUUAACAUAGGGUGCUACUAUUUAGUAGGCAUUCCAGUUGGAGUUGUACUUGGUUAUGUUUUCAAAAUGCAAGUUAAAGGUGUUUGGGUUGGAAUGAUUUUUGGUACAUUGGUCCAGACAGUUGUACUACUUAUAAUCACUUCGAAAACUGACUGGAACAAACAGGUAUUAAUUGCUCAACAGAGAGUGAAGAGGUGGCUAGUAGAAGCUGAACCUAAUGCUGACUCACAGACUGCUUAAAGGACAGCCCGGUGCACUAAGGCUCCCGCUAUACUUGGGGUCCGGGCAGGAUCGGACCACAAAGGUCUAUUGUGCGUGGAUCCACAAACUGCUUGAAGUCGAAAAAUCCAUCUGCUUUCUUGAUCAUGUAAUUUCAUUGGAUUUAAAUUUGUCCUCUCCCUGGUAUCAAUUUCUCAACAAAAGAAUGCUAUCGUCAAUGUCUGAUGCUCCAAAA